ACAAAACGGUUUAAAUAUGGUGUACGGUCUUCACAAUCUGAGUCACAAAAUGAAUUUGAAAAAGAAAAACCAUGAACAUUUACUAGAAUAUGCUUAUUAAACUAGUAUUUGUUUUUCUUCAUUUAUUUUUUUUUGCAUCUCAUGAUAUUACAAUGCUAUGUUUCCUAAUUUUGUGCUUCCAACAAAGAUAUGCUUUUUUCGCAUUGGACAAUAUUUUCUUUGCUACUUUGAACAAGAAUUAUUUAAAAUAAAACAUCCGAGUAAGAUAGACAGUUUUAAAUAUCAAACUUUUAUUUUUUCAUGCGCCUUUAUAUAGCUUUCGCGUUUCUUCUAUGCUGAAUACCAAUUUUCGCACUGCUUCAUGGGAUACGUUGUCGUUGGCUGGAUGCGCUGAUUGAGCUUUCUGAAAAACGGUCUAAUUUUCUGAGCAUUUUGGGUAGACUUUAGAACCCCGUUGUAAGGAAUUGCUACUCGAAUUCAUCUCACCGGCCUAUCUCAUCUGAGUACAAAAAUCUGCCUUCUUUGGGGGCACAUCGGAUAUAUAUCGGCCCUUCUUUUCUGUUAAUAGCUUUCACAUAGCAUUCAAAUACUAAGCACUAAGAUUUGCAAUCUUCUUAAUUUCUAGUUUUUACAACUCCUCUCUUUUGUUAAAAAUUUUUCAACGCCUUUUCUCUCUCUUUUUAGCUAUGAACUUUCGCAACCGAACACCGUAAGAAAUUCUAUUGACAACAAAAGCAAUUGAGUAGCCACGCCCAUACCAGACUAGUUAUCGAAGUCUUCAAGGCUGACUAAUGAACAUAUUUUCUGGUUUUAGGCGUGACGCUUCUUUCUUAUCACUUGCCAUGUCUGACAUUCUUUUUAAUUGAUUCAUUUCUGAUAAAUACCCAUUGACCCAUGUCAAAGUCAUUUCUAGAGAAGGAUUACGACUGUCAUGACCAACACAAAUUGUGACACGCUUUUGUACAGAUAAUGGUUUGCCGACAAUUCUUUAAUCCAUCACUGAAUUUUCUCAAAAUGGAUUUUUUUCAAAACAAUAAUACAAUUUUGGUAUACCUGCAUUGGAUUCCCAAGAGACCGGUGUUUCUAUUCCGCCACCCGCCAUUUAGUCGUUAACCUUAUAUCUUGUCUCUUGAGAUUUAAGGCACUAUUAUCUACUUGAAUAAAUAAAAGUACAUUAAACUCACAUACUUUCCCUUUAGUCCAGAUUGAAAAUUAUUUUCGAGAACUAUCUUUUACUUCUUUUUUAACUAUUUUUCCAAUUUUCAUUAGGUAAGAGUAAAUUAUUCAGCUUUGUUUCAAAUAUUCUCUGUGCUGUUUUUUUUGUAGAUAUUGUCUUUCAAACUUUUUUCAGCUUGCAUGAAAAGAUAUGAUAACAUCUAAUGCUAUGAUGUUGCAGAAUUUAUAGAGUAUUUUGCUGAAAAAAGCUGGUUGUUGGUUCUAUAGCUGUGCGGGUCAAAGAUCACACUCAAUUGCUUGCUGAUCCACUUCGAAUGAAACGAGGCCUGGAGCCGGGUUCUUUCUGCAUUCUUUUCAAUAAACUACAGCAGAUCUGGGUAUCUUUUUGCAGAAAAAUGUGGAUAAACAGUCUUGUAAAUUGUUAUGUUAGUUCUACAAUACAAUAAAGAAGACCCGAUGUUAUUUCUUUCGUGGCCUAAAGGAAUCUAAGUAGGAUAAAGUUCGACUUCGGUGUAGCAUUAUCAUAUUUGUUAAAAGUGGAAUGAGGUUUUCCUUAGGAGGAAUUAAUUUUAUCUGGAAAUGAGGAAGAAACAAAAUGUUAGAAACGUCGGAUUCGUUCUUACUGCAAGAGCUCUGCUAAAAUUGGCAUUGAUUUGCGCAAUGGCGAUCGGAGUGUUAUGCUCGCACUGGGACCAUCACCAUGAGCAUGACUUUGAGCAUCACGAUGGCCAGUACCAUGAACGAUUUGAUGAAGCAGCGAUCAGAAAUGAGGACGAGCGGCAUUAUCAUCAAGAAGAAUAUGCCGAGUAUGCCACAAGGUACGCUGAAACUACGAGGGAGCAUCGCCAUGACCAUUACGAGGCUAUGAGGCGGAGUGAAGAACAACUACAUGAGAGGCACGAAACACACAGAGAAAACCACUGGAAUUCACGUGCCUUUAUACCUAAAAAUGCAAAAAGCCGUGUCUUGGAUGCAAGAAGAGCCAACAGAUUUUUAAAGAUUCGGAGAUUCGUUCGGUAGCGAUGAAUUACGUCGCCUGAUCGUUUUUUAAAACUUUUUAUGCUGUUAAAGUCAUCAACGUCAAUU